AACAAAACAAAACCCUGGUUGAAUGCGCCCCUAUCUAGAAGGGCGAAGUGAAGGAGAUGGAGUUAAGCACUUGGAUUCUCCCUUCACGCUGUCGCCUUCCAGUUCUCCCCACACCCCAUGCAGCUUCCCUCACAACCCCACUCCCCUUCCCUAAGUGCCCAACCAUUUCCCAAGCGCCCAGAAGAGGAUUGCGACCCUCACCCUGUGCGAGGCUCAGUCAAGCCAAUUCCCCUCCCCAGGCGUUGGACCAGCACCGCAUGAAUGGAGUCUGCGACAAGCUGAUUGGUGUCUUCAUGGUCGACAAGCCCACCCCCACCGAUUGGAGAACGUUGUUGGCUUUCAGCCGAGAGUGGAACAACCUCAGACCCCACUUCUUCGCCCGAUGCCAGGACAGAGCCCUCGCUGAACACGACCCCGCCAUGAAGGAGAACCUGCUACGCCUUGCCAGGAAGCUCAAACAGAUUGAUGAGGAUGUGCAGAGACACAAUGAUCUCCUUCAGGUGGUGCGACAGGACCCUUCGGGAAUUACUGAGAUUGUCUCCAAGCGUCGUAAAGAUUUUACGGAAGAAUUCUUUGUUCACCUUCACACAGUGGCCGAAUCUUACUAUGAUAAUAAACAUGAGCAAAAUGAAUUGGCAAAGCUCGGGAAUGCAUGUUUGGCUGCUGUACAAGCCUACGAUGCUGCAACUGAAAGCAUUGAGCAGCUAAAUGCUGCAGAGUUGAAAUUCCAAGAUAUUAUCAAUUCUCCUUCACUUGAUGCUGCCUGCAGGAAGAUAGACAAUUUGGCUGAAAAAAAAGAACUUGAUUCAACAUUGGUAUUGAUGAUCACCAAAGCUUGGUCAGCUGCCAAGGAGUCAAACAUGAUGAAAGAUGAGGUGAAAGAUAUCCUCUAUCAUCUAUACAAGACUGCAGUGGGAAAUCUUCAGAGACUCGUGCCUAAAGAGAUUAGAAUAGUCAAGUAUCUUAUUCGAAUUGAGGAUCCUGAGGAGCAACUAACUGCCCUCAAAGAUGCAUUUACACCUGGAGAAGAACUUGAAGGAAAGGAUGUGGAUAACUUGUACACGACUCCAGAGAAGCUUCACACCUGGAUAAAGAGUGUGUUGGAUGCUUAUCAUUUGAGUAGAGAAGGUACCCUCAUUAGGGAAGCAAGGGAUCUGUUGAAUCCAGAAGUCAUCCAAAAAUUGGAGGUGCUCAAGAAGGUUGUGGAGAGGAACUUCAUGUGAAUAGGAGCUUAAGGAACAUGCUAAAGUGGUUUUCCUAUUUUGAAAGGCCAAAAGCAUACUCGAGGCAUGAGAUUCUCGAUGUCCACAAAUUACAAACCAUGGUCUACUGUGGCAUUACUGCGAGAGGAAACAUGUAGAUGUUGGCUAGUGUUUAAGGACCUAAAAUUCGUUUUUUAAACAAUAGAAUAAGAAAAAUAGGAAACAAAAUAGACAAACUAUCAUAAUUACAGCAUCUAUGUUAGGCUUAUCUUUGUUUUCGGUUACCAAUUACAAUAGGAAAGGAUCCCAGAUGAAUAGAAGACUUGAGGAACUGAACCUGGCACAGGGUGAGGGUGACAGUUCAAACCAAAGCCUAGGUAGGCCCUUAGUUAAGUCACUUGAAGAUAAAAUGUACAUCCUCACGAAUUUGUUCUAUUAUAUUUUUGUGUUACUGAAAUGUCAUGUUUGUAAUUUUAAAUCCACUGUUAUUUAUA